CGUCUGCUGCUAUUUAGUAUUCACAACAUGCCCGAUUUUAUUCAAGUAUUCCUUUGUCUUUCUGUUACCAGUGGUAAUCUUUCCCUUACACGAGGAUGGUCAGAUAUUUAAUACACUUUCAGUACAUCGGCACAAAGUAUUGUGGUGUUGUGAGAGCACCCAAGGAUACCUUAGCUACAUCAGGAAAAAUCGGUGUGCAGGACGCUAUUGAGAAAGCGUUAGCACGGCUUAACCCGUACCAGCCAACCAAGAUACACGUAUCGAGUCGCACAGAUGCCGGGGUACACGCCCUGUGCAACACGGCGCAUUUCGAUCUGGUGCGUCCGCCCAACAAACCGCCAGCAUUCCACGACCAGAGCCUCUGUCUAGGUCUCAACUCGUUCAUUGACAGAAGUGAGCAAGUAAGGGUUAUGAGAGCCAGAAGAGUGCCCGACAAUUUCCACUGCCAGCACCGUGCCGUCAGCAGGAGUUACCUCUACAGGAUAGCAGCCGGCUGCACCCAUCGCAACUUGCCCAUCACGGAGAGGGACAGAUGCUGGCCUGUUAGCCCAAAGCUGAACGUCGAGGCCAUGAAGGAGGCAACAAAAAUUUUCCUGGGCACGCACGAUUUUUCGGCAUUCCAGAGCAUGUCCAAAGACAGCAGCUUGAAAUCGCCCGUCAAAACAAUGGACAGCAUCGAAAUAGCGCCCUCGCAGGGCUUCCUUAGCCACCACUGGAGCCGCGACAACACGCCUGACAUCCAGUUCUUGGAGGUGUCGUUUCGGAGUCGUUCCUUCCUAUACAGACAGAUCCGUAGAAUGGUCUCUGCCCUGGUUUCGGUGGGCAAGGGGAGCCGGUCACUGGAUGAAGUGAAGGAGGUGUUAGAAUCCCGCAAUAACGCCCACCCAAGGAUGAGUCACACCGCCCCACCGGAGGGACUCUAUCUGAAGGAGGUCUUGUAUGACGAGCAGGCCAAAGCGCUCAAUGCCUGCUGUUGGACAAAGCUUUGCAUACUGGGCAAUACCACAGCCCAGCAGUCACGGUCAAAAGAAUCCCGGCGUGAAGUGGUUAAGCACUGCAGAUAUCAAAACCUUUACCCGUGCAUACAACAUGAGAUCCGUAGAAUGGUCUCUGCCCUGGUUUCGGUGGGCAAGGGAAGCCGGUCACUGGAUGAAGUGAAGGAGGUGUUAGAAUCCCGCAAUAACGCCCACCCAAGGAUGAGUCACACCGCCCCACCGGAGGGACUCUAUCUGAAGGAGGUCUUGUAUGACGAGCAGGAUUUAUUACUGGAAAACUCAAGUGAACCUGAAUGCGAAAACUUGGAAUAUAUUCAGCCAAAGUCGUGACAUUCCACAUAUAUGCUGGAAAUAAUCACAUGGCCACUGUCAAAAAAUUCUGGAUUGAGGGAAAACCGGAAGUAAGUGCUUUGGGUGUUUUAGUCCUUGACGGCAUACAUGCAUGACAGUCUGACCAUUGAAAGUAAAGUUUUGGCUUUGGAGUUGCUCGUUUGAAACUUGGGAGAAAAAGGGCCAAAAAAGGAACCAACUGGAGGCUGAAGAUUAGAUUAGUUCAACCAUAAACAUCAUGCAAUGUUGCGUACGAUUCAAUUAAUUAUUUCAAGUGUUGAGGGUUCGAGUCCCCACACUGUCGAGUUUGCACCUAAUUUCAUUUUAUUUUCCAUAACAACCUACUUCCUUGAAAAUACAUGUACAGGAUAAAUCGUGAAUAAAUAAAGUUGAUAUUGCCUACCCAAAAGUGUUUGCCGAAAGUGUCUUUGUUUUCGAUUUUAGCCUUUUCUGUCAGGACAUAUGUUAUUUAGACUACAAAUGUUGAUCUUAUUAGAAUUUCAAAUUGAUACACUGUACCUCCAGUUUGAGUUUUAGCUAAUUUUAUACGUCAUUGCGUUAUAUAAUUAAUUUUAUACGUGGUCAAAUUGAUACAUUGCGUUAAAUUGGUUAUUUUAUCAAUUUUAAAAGCACAUGAAUAUGAGUGCUCCUGCAUAGGCAGGAAAUCUGUCAUUUUUUAUGCCGCAGGCGGGUUGUGUGGAUAUGCGAGUACUUGUAUGUAUGUGCAAUUGAUUGAAUUUCCAUCUAAGUGGUCCAACCUGUCGUAGCUUAUUUAUAUCCCCGAUACUUGUUCACAGUUCAGAGAAAUCGUAAAACUGAUUUAGUUUGAUAACAUUAAUAUGUGCAUCUGAGUGCUGAUCCCAAAAUGUGCAACAUUUUCGUCAAAAAA